CAUUUGCUUGGCGAGUUCUGGUGAGUUCUCGGAGUUCAAAAUGCGGCUCCAUCUCCGCCGCGCGAUGACCGUGCGAUCGAUGGCGGCGGUCGGCUUCUUCUUCUCCAAAUCCAGAUCUUGCAAACUGCAUCCCCUGCUCAACUUUAACCCUACCGGCGGCCUCCAUACUGCGCCUUCCCCUAUCGACGCUCCCCUCUCCUCCGAUCACCUCGUCCACCACCUACUCGACCUAUUCUCCAAGACGCCUGGCCUCCGCGACGAGGAGAAAUUCCACUCCCUCGGCCGGCACCUCGUACCAUCCGCCGCCGAGGUCGUCAUCAAGGGCCUCGCGAGCUGGCGCUCGGCGCAUGAGUUCUUCCGGUGGGCCUCGGCGCAGCAUGGGUUCCGCCACACCUGCUACACCUACAACGCUAUGGCCUCUGUCCUCUGCCGCGCCCGCAGGUUCGUCCAGCUUAAGGAGCUGGUCGCCCAGGUGCUCGAUGAGCGGUGUCCCAUGACGCCAGGUGCGUUAGGGUUCUUGAUUCGCUGCCUUGGUAGCCAAGGUUUGGUUGAUGAGGCCCUACUUGUAUUUGAUCGCGCCAGUAUUCUUCAUUGCGUUCCCAAUUCUUACACCUACAAUUGCUUGCUCGAGGUGUUGGUCAAUUCACGCUCAGUGGACGAAGUGGAAUCGAAAUUUGAGGAGAUGGUGGUCGCUCGGAGACUGGAGCCGGACAAGUACACAUUUACUGCCAUUUUGCAGUCAUACUGCCGUGCAGGAAAGUUGGAAGAAGUGUGGGACAUCUUCAAUAAGAUGAAGGCUAAAGGCUGGGUAGACAGGCACGUUCUCACGGUCCUUAUUAUCACUUUUUGCAAGUGGGGAAUGGUCGAUCAAGUCUCUGAAAUGGUCGAACACAUGGAACGCAUGAAGAUGGCACCGAAUGAGAAAACCUUUAGUGUAUUGAUACAUGGACUUUCAAAGCAAGGGAAACCAAAUAAGGCACUCGAGAUGUUUGAUAAGAUGAAACGUUCAGGUUAUAAUGGGGAUCUUCCACUCUAUAGUUCUUUGAUUGAGGGGCUUCUCAAGGAGAGGAAUCUUGGAAUGGCUCGAAAUGUGUAUGUGGAGAUGAAAGAGAAUGGAAUCUCCCCAGACGUUCAUUUACUCAAAUUGAUGAUCUCGGGUUUGCUUAGAGAAAAAGAGUUUUCCUCUGCAUGCCAGUUAUUGGAAGAAGGUGAAGAUUUAAACUUGUGUAAUAUGGUCUUUCACUAUAACACUGUUCUUGAUGAGCUCAUUAAACAUGGUGAGAUAAACAGAGCAUGUAAGCUACUCUGUAUGAUGCUGAGAUCUAAAGGACUGUCUGUCCCAGAGUUGGACACCGAUGAUGAAAUCAACUGCUCGACUGAAACUGUCAGUGAUCAAUUGUUUAGAAUAAACCAACCUGUUUGCCCAAAUGCUGAUUCCUACAGCAUCGUGGUUUGUGGUUUAUGCAAUGCCAAAAAUCUAGAUACGGCCUUGAUUCUCUUAAACAAUAUGAUAGGAAUCGGGUGCAAAGGAACACUUUUAAUGUAUAAUAAUCUUAUACAUGAGCUAUGUAAUGUGGACAGAUUGGAGGAGAGCUAUGAACUUUUGAAAAGAAUGGAGGAGAGUGGCUUUUUGGCCACAGAAUUCACCUAUAACUCAAUAUUGUAUUGCCUUUGUAAGAGGGCGGAUUUGCCUCCUGCACUUGACUUACUAAGGGUGAUGCGGCAGUAUCACCAUGUACCAUGGAUAAAACAUUCUACAUUAAUGGUGCAGCAACUUUGUGAAAAAGGAAAAGUACCAGAAGCUGCUGGAUUUUUGGAUGAGAUGACUGCUCUAGGUUAUAUUCCUGAUAUGGUGUCUUAUUCUGCAGUUAUUGAUGGAUUGUGUAAAUCUGGAGAGGUCGACAAAGCUUUGCAGCUCUUCCAUGAUAUAUCAUCAAAGUGGUAUCUUCCAGAUGUGGUUGCACAUAAUAUUCUAAUCAGUGGUUUUUUCAAAGCAGGUAGAUGGCACGAGGCAUUAGAGAUAUAUGAAGAGAUGUUGAAGAAGGAACUUGUUCCUUCUCAUGUGACAUACAACCUUCUAAUCGAUGGUUGGUGCAAGGCCAAGGAUAUUGACAAGGCUCUUGCUUGCUUCAGAAAAAUGAUAGCUCAAGAUAGGCCGCCCACUGUAGUUACUUACACAAGCUUAGUUGAUGGGUUGUGCAGUGAAGGAAGAUAUGAAGAUGCUCUUAUGUUGUGGAAUGAAAUGCGAGAAAAGGGAUGUGCUCCAAAUCAGAUCAUAUACACUGCUCUUAUACAUGGUCUUUGUAAGUGUGGUAGGCCAGAUGUUGCUAUUGUCUAUUUUAAUGAGAUGAAGGAGGAGUUUGAGCUAGACCACUUUGUUUAUUUGUUGCUGAUAAAUUCUUUAAUUGCCAAAGGCAAUUCAGUUAAGGCUUUUCAGCUUUUAAAGGAAGUUCUUGAAAAGGAUAACUUUCCUAGUAAUAGUCCUAAGGCCUUGGGUCUAAUGAAGAAAGCAGUAAGCAAGCUGCUCGAGGAUGAAUCUACUUCUUUGGAUGUAAAGUUACUUUUUAAGAGCAAGACUAUGCCGUCAAGGGUUGCUAACUAUCUCUAUUGCCUGGAGUGAUAUAAUUCACAAUUCUAAUUGGCUUAGCAGACAGAAUUUUGCAUUUGCUGGUAGGUUUCGUUUGUUUGUUCUUGGUUAUAGGUCAGCUGCACCAUAUCAGCAGGAUUUUAUUUAAUCCAGAUGUUCAACUCGGUAUACUAUACAGGAGGUACAUAUUUUCGGCUGAAGUUCAAAAUGUUUUUCCCCCCUCUAAUUGUCAAUGUUACGAGACAUUACAUCAGCCUCAUAAAUUUCAUGAAGUUUGAUGAUCACAUCCCCUUCUUUUAUAUAAUGUUCGAUAGGCUUGUUUUUCGUCCCCGGGCUAUGGUGCGAUGGUAAGAGGUGAAAUCUCACCCAGCACACAUUACACCUAGGGAGUUUGAAAAAGUUGUGACGUUGGACAAUCCGCCAAGACCCAUCUUCGUUCCCCGAUUUACGCAAGUGGCUGGUGGAAAAGUUUCGUGGGACAAGUCAGUCACUUCUAGAAUUAGUCAGAUCAUAACUUACAGGAUUAGUUGGGUCAUAAGAGUUGGAUAUCUGGAUCACUUCUAGAAUUAGUCAGAUCAUAACUUACAAGAUUCGUUGGAUUAUAAGAGUUGGAUAUCUGGAUCACAACAAAAAAAAAACUAUCCAGUUGAGGUACCACAGGUGGCCUGAAAAUUAAUACUCCAAUGUACUCACUGUUACUACGCCAAAAGGGCAGCCAACAGUCAAUUUCUAUACAAAGGUGAGCAUUGCUCAAACAAGACGGCCGAUUCAAGAAAUGGUUGAACUAAAGUCGAUAAAUUACUGACUACAAAGGUUUUACAUGAUGGUCAGCAAAGUUCAUGAAAUACAGGAGAUUAGCACUGCAAGAUAGUUUGCCAACACGGCAUUAGACUACACCUAUGGUAGCAGCUCCAUCUCCAUAAGGCACUAAUUCUAUCUAGAACUUGGAUUCAUACUGAACGAAGUCUGCUCAGUAGAGAUAUUAUUAGUAGAGGUGAAUUGCGUAAAAUAUUCCUGAACCCUGUCAGUAUCCUCAAAAACUGGAAUGUCACUUGUAAGCAUCUUGAAUGCAAACUCGAGACACGGGUCUGACCAAGGGCUGGAAAAUGUUGAUCCAUAAGGCUUUUCAUUACCACUUCUUCCGAAGUGAAUCUGUUGCACAGUUGAUGUGUCACCUAUAUGUGUGUUUCUUUCAAGCUCAUUUGCUGCUUCAAGGUCUUCAAAUUGCAUCUUCUUUUGUUGGUAGAAGCUCGAAUUGGAUUGAUGCGGUUGAUCCAAAGCAGUAGCUGUUUUUUCCUGUAGCUGAGAGAAAGCAUCUGCUUUAGCCCUAUGAGAAUUUCCAGCUUCACUAGAAUUUGUAAUUUGAUUGUCCCUAAGUGCAGCCAAUCGUUUAGAUGCU